AUGCAGGACUUUAUCCGUUUGGACGGAGGCCACGAUACAGUGGCCUUAGGAGAAGCACAACGGGGAUGUACAUUAGGCGGGGUAAUAUCAGAGACACCUAUCGUAGAUCUACCCGAUGGACCGAUACGAGGGACUCAAAAGUCGCUUUUAAAUCGAAACAAUUCGCCAUACUUACAAAACCGUGAUCUAUCUUACGUGGAAUAUCUUGGAAUACCAUAUGCUGAACCACCAGUUGGAAAUCUCAGAUUCAAACCUCCGCAAGCAAUUAUUACAAAAUGGACUGAUGUACGAGAUGCGACUUCACACGGAGCUGCUUGCAUGCAGCACAAGACCGGAAUAUUUCCACCACCGGCUGAAAUGAGCGAAGAUUGUCUGUACCUUGAUAUCCUGACGCCUGCAGGUAGUUCUAGGUCUAAUCCUAAGGCAGUAAUGGUCUGGAUCCAUGGUGGCGGGUAUGUUCUAGGAUCCACACGCCUGUUCAAUGUUGCCAAGCUCACAGUCAUCGGUGAUGUGGUCGUUGUCUUGGUGAAUUACAGAUUAGAUGUAUUUGGGUUCCUCAGUACAGGAGAUAGUGUUGUUCCAGGUAACAUGGGCUUAUUGGACCAACAACUCGCGAUUCGUUGGGUGAAGGAGAAUAUCGCACUAUUUGGAGGGGAUCCCGAAAGAAUAACUUUGAUUGGACAGUCAGCAGGAGCGACGAGUGUUACGCAACAUGCAAUUUCUCCAACUAACAAAGGACUUUUCCAGCGGGUCAUAUCUCAAAGCGGGACGAUAUUCACAGAUUAUGCAUUCAACAACAAUGACAUGAUACCUGCCAUAAGAAAGACAGGGAGGCCAUUGGGUUGUAACGAUACUGAUAUUAUCAUGUUGAUUGAAUGUCUCCAAGGCGCAGAUAAAGAUGAACUUCUACUUGCCUCUCGUCCUCCUUCUCCGCUAGAAGUUGAGGGAUUAAUUUGGAGCUGGGGUCCAGUUUUGGAUGGAACAUUUUUUGUCAAGCCACCCCGUGAAAUGACACGUGGGAAAGGCAACGGACAGGCUGAGAGAAUGUUGAAAAGUAUAGAUCUACUAAUCGGACACAAUGGCAACGAGGGGUACAAUCAUCUUCAACUGUACGCCUUUUUUCAAAAUCCACGCGAGUUUUCACUUACUGCGCAUACAUGGAAUGAUGUUGGAUUUCUAAGAGAUCUUUCCGAAAAAUUGUUCCGAGCAGUCGGCAACAAGUAUGGUAAUGAUGAAGUAGCGGAAAUGAUCUAUGAAAUACUUGCGUACACAUAUCUUAAUAUCCAAAAAGGAUCAGACUUUGAUGGUCCAAAGCUUGCUGAAGUACUUCAUGAAUUGUUGACGGAUGAAUUAUAUUUGAUUCCAGCCUUAAAGUUUGCUGAUUUGCACGCUGAACUUGGCGGGCAAACCUUCAAAUAUCAUUUUGACUAUAGACCAUCUUCAAGCAUACAUCCCGACUGGGUCGAAGGGGCAGAUCAUUUCACUGAAGUUCCGUAUGUGUUCGGAAUGAUUCACAAUAAUUCGCCUGCCUUCGACCAGCUGCUGUCUUACAACCUGAUUAAAUACUGGAGCAACUUUGCCAAGACAGGAAAUCCAAACGAACCAACUACUUAUCCGGGACUGCCAGCAUAUUGGCCUCAGUUUACAAAGGGGAAAAGGCAAUUCCUAGAAAUAUCUGUUAACAUCACAUCAAGCAAGCCUGGUGAAAUCAUCAAACCCGACCGAGUUUACUUCUGGACUGAAUAUCUCCCGAAGAUUGUGGCUACUUUGAAAUGUGGAGCGAGAAAGCAAAUGAGAAAGAAACAGAGAAAAGCAGAGGAUGAUGCCGAGCUUGAUAAUAAAUAA